AUGUCGACAGAUCCGGCGCUUAGCGGGCGCGUUGGUCACCUUACAUACCAGGAGGAAACGAAACUUAGGGAGUUUUGGGCGGUCCUUUUCAAGAUAUUCAAAAUCAGCCAGGCUGAGAGCGUCGGAGUCGAGUGGGCGGAUAGUUUAUUACCUCUCCAAAAAACCCAAAGCACAACUGCGAACACGACGGACACCUCCUCCGUGACCUCGAAGAAGAAGACAGUCACAAAGAAACGGUUUGGCUUCUUCGGUAGAUCUAAUGAGACUGUGGAGGAGAAGGAAGAAAUUUCGACCACCAGUGGUCAAACUGUGGCUAGCCAGUUCAAGAUGGCGGACGAUGACGAUAAAUAUGGGCUGAACAAGGAAUUCUUGACUGCUUUAGCCAGUCAAUCACCCGAGGAGCUACGGAUGACCUUCUGGAACGCGAUUAAGCAAGAUAACCCGGACGCUUUCUUGCUUCGAUUCCUCCGGGCAAGGAAGUGGGAUGUCCAGAAAGCCCUGGUGAUGUUGAUAUCUACUCUUAGAUGGAGAUCCCAGGAGUGGAAGGUGGACGAUGAGAUCGUGUUUAAAGGCGAGGCUGCAUUCCAUGAGAACAGCAAGAGUGACGACCCCAUCAAGAAAAAGGAGGGCGAGGAUAUGCUUCAUAUGAUUGGAAUUGGCGAGGCAUAUUGCCGUGGCAAGGAUAAGCUCGGCAGACCGAUUUGCUAUACCAAUGUUAUUGUCUUCGAUAUGACCGACUUUGGACUGGCAAAUAUGGACUAUAUACCCGUUAAAUUCAUCAUCAAAUGCUUCGAAGCCAACUAUCCUGAAAGCCUCGGUGCGAUUCUCGUCCAUAAAGCACCCUGGAUAUUUUCCAGCUUCUGGGCAAUCAUCAAGGGCUGGCUGGAUCCUGUAGUCGCUUCGAAAGUCCACUUCACAUCGAACUACCAAGAACUAGAAAAAUUUAUUGCCAAGGAAGCCAUUCCCCGAGGCCUUGGGGGUAGUGAUGACUACGAGUACAAGUACAUAGAGCCCAAGGCUGGCGAAAAUGACCAGAUGAAAGACACCGCUAAAGCUGCCGCACUCAAAGAUGAACGAGCUAAGAUCGUUGAUGAGUUUCAAAAGGCGACGCUAGACUGGAUAAACAUUUCUUCCAACGCCGCAGAUAAGGCUGAAGAUAUUAAAAAGAAGAGGCAAGAUAUCGCCUCACGACUGAGUGAUUUCUACUGGAAGCUUGAUCCAUAUAUCCGAGCGCGCUCCGUCUACGAUCGUAUAAAGGACGCCGAAAAUGCAGCCACUGCUGUUACAGCAACGAAAACAGAGGCUUCUCCUGUGAAGGCGCAGGAGCAGACCACAGUGUCAGAAAAGUCUGUAACAGAUACGCUCGGGCCUCAAAGCCACGUUGUGGAGACACCGGUUGUGGCUGCGGCUGCGGCUAACUAG